UCAGAAACUAGCCACAAAUUUUUUUUCUGACGAUAAGAUUGCCUUCUUCAACUCUGUCUUUCCUUUAUCAAAUUAAUUCAUCAUCACAAACACACUGUUAAAACAAAGAGCGAGAGACAAUGGCUUCAACAAGAAUAAACUCAUUAACAACAAUCUACACAUCCCCAAGAAGAUACAGUUCUAACCACAAAUCACCAAACCAAAUCAAACUAGUUUCAAACUCCCUAAGCUCUAAACCCAACACAACACAGCUCUCAAGUAACCUCUACACUGUCAGUUUCAAGACUAUUGGAACAGGUAAGCUUAGCAUCUCAAGAUACCCCGAUUUCGAAUAUUCUCCUCAAGGAGGCUCCGGCUCCGGAACUGCCCGGUGCGUCGACGUCGACGGUGGUGAAAAGAACCGAACACCAAACUCUGAACUGUCCGUUAGUUUCGAUGUGGACACUCUUUACAUUCCUUCUCUUACAAACCAAACCACGAAGUUUCUUGGCUUACCAUUACCGCCGUUUCUUAAAAUCGACAUAGCUCCGGAGAUAUUCCAAGGAACCAUCGACCAAGAUUCCGGCAAGGUGGAGCUGGAGUUCACUGCUAAGUUCUGUUUCACGGCGGGAGGUGGGAUAUACAGAGCUCCGCCAUUGGUGGUGAAAACGGUGUUGACGACGGAGGAGUCUAUAGGAGAGAAGAAGAGAGGGAGAGGAGAGAGGAUGGACGGAGAAGGAAAGUGUAGGCUCGUCGGCGUUGCGAGAGUUGAGACUGUUGACGAUUUGUUUAUGAACACGUUCCUCUCUCUCCCGUCGGAGUGUCUCGCCGAUCUACAAGCUGUUAUUUCAGUCGCCGGUUCUUGAUGAUAAUCAUUUACAUUUUAUGUAUUAAUCAAAUUAAAUGUAAGUAAACAAUGUUUUAAAAUCUUAUACUAGUAAAUUGUUUUAGAAAAAUAUUUUUUUUUCAAAAUACAUGUUUCAUGUUUUUAGGCA